GCAGCAGCCAAGGAAGCUAUUGCAAUUUGCUAUUACGAGAAGGGGUUACCUAGCUUGACUGGUUACGGGCAGUGGGGCUGCGCGAGCGGUGACACACGUUCCUUGUCUCCCGCCCCGUUCCGACUCGUCUCGAUCUUGUCAUCCUCUCGCCUUUGCUCUCUUACCUUUCAUUCUCUCCCUACGAUCGCGAUGAGCUCCUUCGACAAGAACGAAGCGACUAACCCGCUCGACGAGGAUGCUCCUGGCCAGCCCAUCUCCGUUCCAGAUUCUGGUGACACUGGCGAGAGCGGGAAGCUGAAGAUGAUCGUCCAGCUCGUCAAGAAGUGUCUUGGAGUGAAAGAUAUCGCAGCCAUGCGUCUUUCACUUCCGGCUUCGUUGCUGGAACCUAUUCCUAACCUUGAGUACUGGCACUACUUGGACCGACCAGACCUCUUCGCUGCUAUCAAUGAUUCCGAUGACCCCUUCGAGCGUAUGCUGGCUACACUGCGUUUCACCUUCUCAAAGGACCUUAAGUUCGUUAAAGGAAAGGUCUGCAAGCCGUACAACUCUGUCCUUGGCGAGCACUUCCGUUCGCACUGGGACGUGAUACCUGUCACCUACCCCUCCGAUCCGAAUGCACCCCCAAUUCAGCACCUGUACAUCACGCCGCCUGCUCCUGAACCUGUGCAAUCAUCGUCAUACUUCUUCUCCUCCGGCGCAGCGUCUACACCCAAUGUGACGCAUCCCUCGCUCUCAGAGAACGCCAGCGUCAAGAGCGGCAAGAGCGGGUUCAGCGGGCUCAGCUUCAUGUCGCGCGGGUACUCCACCACGGGCAGGACGACGCCCUCGACGUCCCCCGAGCUCGGCGAGACGAACCCCGAGGCGGGCGCGUCGAGCCUGAGCCUCGCGAACGACCGCGCGUCGGGCGCGGCGGAUCUCCUCGAGGCGGACGGACCCGCGGACAAGCCGCGCGUGCGCAUCGCGUACCUCACCGAGCAGGUGUCGCACCACCCCCCGGUUUCGGCGUACCACGCCGUGUGCCCGAGCCGCCACCUCGAGCUGAUGGGCAUCGACCAGAUCUCGGCGAAGGUGUCGGGGACGACGCUGCGCGUCAUGCCGGGGUCGUUCAACAAGGGCAUCUUCGUGCGCAUCACUGGGGGCGCGGGCGCGGGCGAGCAGUACCACAUCACGCACCCCGUCGCGUCCGUGAAUGGGCUCCUCCGGGGCAGCUUCUACGUCGCGGUCGGCGACUCGACGAUCAUCACGUGCUCGGGCGGCGCGGACGGGCAGAAGCUGAGGGCGAUCAUCGAGUACAAGGAGGAGUCGUGGCUGGGGAAGGCGCACUUCGCGCUCGAGGGCGUCAUUCACACGUACGACCCGGAGGAGAGCGUGCACGAGGAAUGGACGCGCGUGAAGCACGUGCCGAAGGACCGCGUGUUGGCAGUGUUCGACGGGUCGUGGAGGGGGAGGGUGAGGUGGAAGCGCGUGGACGCGCCGGACAGCGAGUACGCGACGCUCAUCGACGUCUCGACGCUGGCGGUCAUCCCGAAGGCGGUGCGCCCGCUGGAGAAGCAGCUCCCGAACGAGAGCAGGAAGCUGUGGGAGAACGUGACGACGCGGCUGGUCAAGAAGGAGUACAGCGACGCGACGAAGCAUAAGCUGGCGAUCGAGCAGAAGCAGCGCGAUGAUGCUGCGGAGCGCAAGCGUAAGGGCGUACCAUUCGUUCCGAGGUAUUUCGAGAACGACAUCUCGACGGGCAUCCCGAAGCUCACAGAGGAGGGCCGCAAGGCGCUCGAGGAGGAGCUCGCGGAGAAGCCGGAGUACCAGCUGGAGGAGGAGGCGACACCUACCUCGAGGACGCCGAGCUCAGGUGCGGACUGAGCGGCUAUGGACCAUGCCCUUCCACCGCAGACGCUGCGAAUACGACCACGACCGUCACGAUAUACGCCACGACAGAUCUACGUCAUUUUGAAGAACGAGACACCCUUGAAUGUCUUUGCUGAAGCGUUUUCUUGGCUGUUUCUCGAGAAUUGUAAGAUAGCUUAUACCAUCAUCGCUCGUCUAGCCUUCUUUCUCUUUUAUACGUCGCGAAAGCUCGCACGGACGGCAGUUUAGCAGUUCACGGGCUUGUACUUGUACGGCGACGACUCGGAAGGGAGACAGAGGAGUAAUCGUUGCUCGUCUUUGGGCCACCGUUGUCGCCACAUACAUAGCAUGCAUCCAUUGUGUCUGUAAAUACAUGACAAUGCCUCCAA